AUGCCCAAAGCCAAGCUUAAAACGACUACGAAAGACGCCGUUUCGGAGAUGCAGCAACUUCAGUCGGACUUGAUUCGAGGACUGGGUCAACUUCAGCUAAAAAUUGAUGAGAAUCGUCCACUCCAAGAAGCAAGGAGGAGGGUGCUAGAAGAUGAAAUGAUCCCUACACUGAGAGAGCUGAAGUCCAUAAAUGAUGUGGUCUUGGAGGCGCUGGCCGCCGCACACACAACCGGGCCGAAGAACAGCGGCGGCGGCGGUGCAGGGGGCAGUAGCAGGAGCGGGGCGGGAGAACCGCCGGCGGACGGGGGCGAGGAGGCGAGCGCCGCGGUGGCCGCGGACGACGCGCGGAGGGGCAUGGCGGCGGCGGCGGCCGUGGUGAUGGUGGCGGCAGAGCAGUCGAACCUUCAGGCCGUUGCAAUAGAAGCUGUCUCCACUACUGUCGUUCCAUCAUCAACACUGCAGGCCAGUGCGUUGUCCCUGGCCGUUGCAGAAACACCGCACAAGCACGAUGGGGCAUCACAAAUCACCCCGGCCAUUGAUGGGUUCCUUAUUGAGACUAAGAAUGUUGAGGAGGGGUCAAUAACCAUAGAGCAGCCGGCCGCUACGGAGGUUUCCACGAUACUCUCGCCAACUGGGGUUGAAGAAGAAGGCCCAUUUGAGAAGAUCUUUGUCGACCUACAACAGCUUCGGGCGCUCACCGAAACACAACCAACUCCUGAUGUUGUGCGAUCCCUAACCCAUGCUAUUUUCGGAUCGGUACUCGUUCAAUUGAACCGGCCAAUUGAUGGGUGUAAAUUCAGGAGAAAGCCGAGACCACGAGAUGGCCCUGAUCUUGAACCAAAAGAGCAGGGGAAGAAGGCAAUGGCGAGGCGGACGACGCAGGUGCCCGAUGAAGGGAAACCCGACCUGAUGGUCUGCAUAUGGUCGGAGGAGGAAACGAGGCAGAAGAUUAUGGUGGCUGUCGUGAAGGUGUUGACCGAUGAUGAGGCGGCGUCGAAAGUUGGCGGGACUUGCCGUCGGGGAAGCUCUUUGCAACCGAAGGAGGAGUCGAUGGAGAUGGCGAUGACGAUGGUGAGGGACGCGACGAGGGAUGAGGCCGGCGAUUCAUCAUCGUCGUCCAUCACGAGGAGCGGUCCAAUGGGAGCCAAAAUUGGUAAUGCUGCAAGGAUUGAUGAAGUACUGUGGAACACUGAAGAGAGGAUGAGUCCCACACAGGGGAAGCUAGUGGGCGGCCAAUUGCUUGGAGAAAUAGAAGGACAACAGGUAACUACUUGCUUUCACUACAUUACUCCAUGGGAUUUGGUCACAUAUGGGAAACUUGGAAGGAAUCGUGGAGCAGAAAAGUGGUGCGGCCAGGUGAUGGAUAUAACCAGAAAAGAUAAUGGAAAAGAACUUGUUGGGGAGUCGAACUCUACUGAGGGAGCUCGUAUGCUAAGUUGGAGGAACGACUGGCUGUGGUUUGAGGGAGAGCGUGUGCUCUCGAGCGAAUACGCUGGAAGGUGUAUGUGUCAUCGCGAGCGGUUGCGGUUCGAUCAGGCCGCGCGAGACUACAACAAUGGAUUUUUUCUCGGUGGAACCGGCUGCGACCUCGGCAGUCAUGCUCUCAUACAAGUGGCCACAUGGAAAGAACGGAAGGGAUGUAAUCUUCAAAGUUUAAUGGGAAUGUUAAUGAGGUUUGGGGUGACAAUCAUGGGAUUGACUUCAAGCUGCGGGAAUAACGUUGUGCCGGGUUAUAAGCUUGGGUGGGAUGGCAGUAAUAGAGCAAUUAAUUUGGCCGCUACCAUGAAGGACUUCAAGUUCGAAGGAGCUCCUUGUGUGGGAGGAGUUCGAGUGCCUAGCCCCAAUGGAUUCUAUCAUGAUGCUGCUCUGGAGGUGCUACCAUUAGUUAGAGAUGCAAAUCCUGUACCCAUUGGAGUCAUACCCAGCCCUAAGUACCUCAAGGAGUUGGAUGAACGGUGCUUGAUCUUUAGAACUACGGAACAUCAAACCGAGUUUUUUGCGAAGAAGAAUAUGGAGGCCUACAAGGAUGAGUAUCCGGCUGUGGAGCUGGAAUUGGAGGAAGGUAUAACCAGUAACAAGGUGGAGUCUUGUGGUUGCCUCUAUGUCCAUAUCAACUUCAAGGUCAAGGACGUAGAUGGAUCUGUCCAUCUGUUCUUUGCUGAGGCAACUUUCGAUUAUCAACCUGUAGUGUUGUCGCAUUGCAUCCUCGAGCGUGACAUUACUGGUGGUUAUGAGCAUCAUCAGAAAGGCUGUGGAGGCUGUUAUCCUGAUGCUGAUGUCCCAAUAUACCACCCUCGUGGAGAUUAUCUGCAUGGAUACUAG